AUGGCUGGGGCCAGGAUCGACAGGGUGACCAGACACCCUAUCUUCAGCAUGCCACACUCGGCCCGUGUCACCGGCCUGGCACUCGACGAGGAUGCCAGCUAUACCAUCGAGCUGGUGGGCGUGGGCUCCGAGGCCGGCGGCUGGAGACGAGGCGAGCCCGAGGCCUGGCCUGAAGAGCGCAAGGUCCAGCUGGAAGAAGGAGUAGGCAGGAGAUGGGUAUCCUCCAGCAGCGAGCGGGCCUUUGCCGGCCAGCCCCUCUACCUGUCUGAGGAGGAAGAGGAGAAGGAGCUGGCUUACUACUUGGGGCCCAGGGGUGCUCCCGCCAGGUGGCCGCAGGAGCCAGAGCAGGAGCGCUGGACUGUGGUCCAGGAGCAGGUGGUCAGCAGGAGUGGCCCAGUAGCUUCUCUCGGGGCCUCCGCGGCAGGGCACGGGGAUGUCCAGCCUUCGUUCAUGCUCCUGGAGGACAGUUCUGUCGACAGAGAGCAGAUCGACUUCCUGGCGGCUAGGAAGCAGUUCCUUCUCCUGGAGCAGGAGAACGCGGGGGUUCCCUGGAGUCCCUCGGCCAGGGUCAGUGCGGCCCCCAAGGCCUUCAGUGGGCACCGCCUGGCCAAUGGGCACGUCCUCAGCGCGGAGAAGGAGGUGGACACCGAAAACCUUGAGCGAGGCCGCAGCUGGCUCCCAGCACCCCGGGAUCCACCCCGGGACGACCCCGGCCGCAGCAGCUGGCUCCUGGCAUCCCGGGAGGACCCGGGCCGUGGCGGCUGGCUCUCAGCGCCCCCGGAUUCACCCCAGGAGGACCCUGUGGCGCCCGCAGAGCCCCUCAAGGAGACGCCCAUCGAGCGGGAGAUCCGCCUGGCCCAGGAACGCGAGGAGGCCCUGCGCGCGCAGCGGGGGCUGCGGGGGACGAGCGGCGCCCCGGAGUUGGUGCACAUCCCCACCCGGCAGCUGCUGGCUUCGGUGACCCUGAGCGAGGCCCCACGUCGCGAGCGCGGCCGCCCCUCGCUGUACGUGCAGCGGGACAUGGUGCAGGGCACGCAGCGCGAGGAGGACCACCGGCGGCAGGGUCUGCAGACGGGCCGCGCGGCCACUCCCGACGCGCUCGACGGGGAGCGCCAACCCGGGCUCCGCAGGGCCUUCAGCUCGGACUCCAUCCUGAGUCCCGCCAGCCCGGAUGCACGCGCGUCCGACCCCGCACCCGAGGUGCAGAAGGUGAACCGCAUCCCGCCCGACGCCUACCAGCCCUACUUGAGUCCGGGCGGCCCCCCACUCGAGUUCUCCGCCUUCGGAGCGCCCCGCCGGCCUGCCGGGGCACACACGCAGGCGGUCAAGGCCACCACCACCACCACCACCACCAUCACCACUGCCCCGAAGCCUCCCGGGGAGCCCCUGCAGGGCGCCGGGGCCGUGGUGCGGGGCCAGUACUUCCGCCUGCAGCCGCUGCGGUUCGGGGUCCCCGGCGCGGCCCCGCCGGUCGAGGAGACCCCCCGAGUCGGGGCCCGGGAGGCGGCCAGGGCAUGGGAGGCUGCAGGGGCCUCACCAUGGCGGCUGCAAAGGUCCGCGUCGUCCGACCUGCUGGAGCGCGAGGUGGAGAGCGUCCUGCGCCGUGAGCGCGAGGUGGCCGAGGAGCGCCGGGGUGCGCUCCUGUCUUCGUCCGCCGAUGAAGGCUGGGAGCCGGGCUCCAGGAGCUCCUCCCGGGCAUCCGGCAUCACAGGAAGCUACUCCGUGUCCGAGUCGCCCCUGGUAUCCCCCAUCCACCUGCACUCAGGGCUGGUGUGGCGAGCUGAGGCGCCAGCAGAGCCCGCUGCCAGGCCGACAAGAAAGUCGUGGUACGCGGGCAUCAACCCCUCAGAUGGUAUCAACUCAGAGGUGCUGGGAGCGACACGAGUGACGCGACACAAGAAUUACCUGGCGGAGCGCUGGGAAGCUGGCAUCUACGCCAGUGAGGACGAGGACUGAACCCCGGGAACCGGGCCUAUGGCUAUGGCGCAGGCAUGUCCCUUCCCUGGGGUCCUGCAGCGGGAGGAGGCUGGCUCCCCACACGUGGCUCUGGGCCCGACUUGGCAUGA